AUGGCGGCCGGGCUGUUAGGUUUGUGCGCUCGCCGCCUUUCGGCAGUAGCGGCGACGCGAGGGCUCCCGGCCGCCCGUGUUCGCUGGGAAUCCAGCUCGUCCAGGGCUGUGAUCGCCCCGUCGGCUGUGGCAGGAAAGCGGGCGCCGGCACCGACUGUACGCUGGCAGGAGGACCCAGAGCCGGAGGACGAAAACCUCUAUGAGAAGAACCCAGACUCCCACGGUUAUGACAGAGACCCUGUUACGGACGUCUGGAACAUGCGGGUCGUCUUUUUCUUUGGCUUCUCCGUUGUCUUGGUCCUCGGCAGCACCUUUAUAGCUUAUCUACCUGAUUACAGAAUGCAGGAGUGGGCCCGCCGGGAAGCUGAGAGGCUUGUUAAGUACCGAGAGGCCAAUGGCCUCCCCAUCAUGGAAUCCAACUGCUUUGACCCCAGCAAGAUCCAGCUUCCGGAGGAUGAGGACUGACCAGUUGCCAAGUGGGGCUUAAGAAGCAUCAUCUUCUCACCGCCUGCCUGUCAUUCUGCCCUUUCUUCAGAGCACCUAAUUAAAGGGACUGAAAGUCUGA